UAGUCUCAUAGAAAAGGCUCUAGAUGGCUCAAGACGCGAUACUUGAUUGAUACUCUAUUUAGUUUGAGGUUAUAAAUACGUUAGCUUGUUUACACUAAAUAUCACCGUUGAAAUUGAUCUAUAUAAUACAAUUUAUUUUAUCAAUAACUAUUGAAAAACUCUUAUUAUCAACUUAUGAAAGUAACAAAAAUGACAUUUGUUAUCGACAAUGGUGCUUAUAGCGCAAAAGUUGGAUUUACCACAGAUUCUCCGAUGAUAAUUCCAAAUUGCAUCAUGAAAGCUAAAAGCGAACGUCGCAGACCAUUUGUGGGCAAUCAAAUAGAAGAUUGUCGUGAUGCAUCAGGUCUAUUUUACAUGCUUCCGUUUCAAAAAGGAUAUCUCGUGAAUUGGGACAUACAAAAAACAGUAUGGGAUUAUAUAUUUUCUAAGGAAUGCUGUUCAGUAAAUUUAAAUCAAACUUCUGUUAUAAUAACUGAGCCAUUGUUCAACUUUGCGCCAAUUCAAGAAGCAACAACAGAAAUUUUUUUUGAAGAAUACGAAUGCCAGAGCCUUCUUCAAAUAAAUGUAUCGAAUUUAUCUAACGUUAAUUAUAAAUCAUCCAAUCCUAAAUGUAAAGCCAGUAUUAUUGUGGACUCUGGUUACAGUUUUACUCAUAUUGUUCCCUAUAUUAAUGGAGUUAAAUAUAAAGAAGGGAUACGCCGAAUUGAUGUUGGAGGAAAAUUAUUAACGAAUCAUUUAAAAGAAAUUAUUUCUUAUAGACAAUUGCACGUUAUGGAUGAAACUUAUGUUAUCAAUCAAGUUAAAGAAGAUUCUUGCUUUGUAUCGCAAGAUUUUUUUAAGGACAUGGAUCUAGCUAAAGGUAAAUUAGAAAAUAAUCCUAUUGUCAAAGAUUAUGUUCUCCCGGAUUAUACGGCCCUCAGACGUGGUUUUCUUAGAGAUCCAGAGCCACAGGGAGAACAACAAACACUUAGAUUAAGUAAUGAAAGAUUUGCGAUCCCUGAAAUUUUAUUUAACCCGUCUGAUGUCGGAAUACGACAAAUGGGGAUUCCAGAAGCUAUUAUGGAUUCUAUAAAAGCGUGUGAUGAAGAAACUUGGCCAUCAUUGUUGUUAAAUAUUGUGUUGACUGGUGGUAAUGCUAAGUUUCCAGGUUUUCGAGACCGUAUUUAUAAAGAUCUUCGCACAUUAGCUCCUGAUGAGUUUAAUAUUAAUAUAACUCUACCUGAAAAACCUGAAACAUAUGCUUGGGAAGGUGGUAAAAUUAUUUCUCAAGAUUCAACAUUCAAUUCAAUGCUGGUAACACGAGAAGAGUAUGAAGAAAAUGGACCAGCGUUAUGUUGUGAAAAAUUUAAUUUGUAGAUUGCAACUGGAAAUCUUGCUUCAGUUCCAAGUUCUUGAAUACCUAAAUAAGUGGCCAAAGACUGAACAAUAUCACCAGCGAAAUGCAU